ACGUAGUUCCUCGACAAGGAAUUAGCGUUAGCCAUAUAUGGCAGCUAGCUGAAGAGUUGAAACAACAUUAUUAAGACUACUUAAAAAUUACUUUUUUCAUAUAUCGUUAAUGCAGACGUAGAUGCAAACGUUGUUUUGUGUUUGAACUGAAGAUGUAAAAUGUGUCUUAUAAGUCACCGGGAAGGUAGUAGUGUAAUAAUAGAGACUAGUAGGUGUGUUGCUAACUGCUAAGCUAACUAGCCGAAGCAAACGUCACUGGUGUUUUCAAAACACUUAAUUAAUCUGUAAUCUAGGAUUUUACUUUAACUAAUGCCGAACAAACCUAUAUUUUUAGUUACAGUCCUAGGUUGAGUUUCAAUCAUUGUGUUUUAGUUAUUGCUUUAAAACUAAUUUAAAAGUUUGCUGAAGUUAGGCUCUUUUUUUAUAUAGAAACAAAAGUGAAUGCUCCUUAACCUAUAGUUAAUUAUAAUUUGAGGUGAUGGUGCUAUGCGUGAGUAUUUCCAUCUAAUACCACCUCGCACUUCUUCACUGUUCAAAGAAUAAAAUGCCUUAGUUAUAUUUUGUUUGACAGCAUCAGUAACUUGAUACUUUGCAGGUUCUGACUUUUAAUACAAAACAAAUGAUCAGUACUAACAUGAUGAGGCUGUAUAGAUUACCUACCUAAAUAUGACAUUCACUCUUGAUGCUUUAAGAAUGUUUUGCUUAUAGGGUUUCAACUAAUAAUUAUUUCUUAUUGUUCAUUAAUCUGUUCAUUAUUUUGAAAAUGAAAAUGGUGGAAAAAGUGUCUUGUUUUGUCCAGAAUUGAAAGAUAUUCAGUUUACUGAGUCACAAAGAAAUAAAGAAACCAGAAAAUAUUCACAUUUAAGAACCUGAGUAUUUUUUUAAAUAUAUUUUUUCUUAAAAAAUAAAAACAAACCUAUAAUUAUCAAAAAAGCUGGUGAUUAUUUGAUAGUUGUCAACUAAUGGUAUUACAUGCUGAAAUGGCUAAUAUACUUAUUAUGAAGUAAAGAGAGUUGAAUGCAGGAGUUGAGUUUUGUAGUGCGGUGUUACUGCCGUUACUUAUGUAGUUCUUCCCCCAAUCCGUGCACCAGCCGGAAAUCAUAAUUAACCCAACUAACUACAUCAGUGCUUAUAACCAAGUACCUUUAAGGCAGUCACUGCGUCUGCAAAAUGUGGAGCCCUGACAAAGUGUUAGUCUUUGCUCUGGUAGCAGCAUUCAGCUUCACACCUGUACAUGUUCUUGAGUUCUGUCAAAGUACCGACCAUGACUGCCAUAGUGAUAGUCAUGACGAUACGGCAUCAAACAGCCAGCUGUCCCUACAUACCUUCAAAUCCAGGUGGAACAUUAGUGUUUCAAACCUGAUACAGGACCUGCACCAGUUCAGAGUGUCCUGCAAGAAGCUACUAGAAGCAUUCCCAAUCGAUGAGGUUAAUGUCAACGUUGCUCGCUCUGUAAAGAACUGCAUAUUCUCCAAAUCCAUUCCAACCCCUCUGAAAGGCCCGUUAAGACUGGCAGCAGCUUCUAAGGACGUUAUCGAGGGGACUUUAGACUUAGAUGUGGCUGUAACUCAAUCAGAUGAUUUCCUGCAUUAUGCCAGUGGUGGCAGACUGCUAUCAGGGUCCGUGCCACUUGCUCACAGAUACGGAGGUCAUCAGUUUGGAUACUGGGCAGGCCAGCUGGGCGAUGGUCGAGCUCAUUCCCUCGGUCAGUAUACCAACAGGAAAGGAGAAGUAUGGGAACUGCAGCUAAAAGGCUCUGGGAAGACACCUUAUUCGAGGUCAGGAGACGGUCGAGCUGUGAUCCGUUCUUCUGUAAGGGAGUUUCUUUGCAGUGAAGCCAUGUAUUUCCUGGGUAUUCCAACCAGCAGAGCAGCCAGUUUAAUUGUAAGUGAUGAGCCGGUGAUAAGAGAUCAAUUCUACAAUGGCAAUGUGAAGACAGAAAGAGGAGCUGUCGUUCUCCGGUUAGCCAAGUCAUGGUUUCGGAUCGGAUCUUUAGAAAUUUUGGCUCAAAGUGGAGAAAUAGAUCUCCUGAGAAAGCUGUUGAACUUUGUGAUCGAUGAGCAUUUUUCUUCAAUCACUUCAGAAGACCCAGACAAAUAUUUGGUGUUUUUUUCCACUGUUGUAAGUGAAACAGCCCAUCUCAUAGCCCAGUGGAUGUCGGUUGGGUUUGCACACGGUGUGUGCAACACAGACAACUUCAGCCUCCUCUCUGUCACCAUCGACUACGGACCGUUUGGCUUCAUGGAGUCGUACAACCCCAAUUUUGUCCCCAACACGUCUGAUGAUGAGGGCAGGUACAGCAUAGGAGCUCAGGCCAACGUUGGACUGUUCAACCUCGAGAAGCUCAUGGUGGCUCUCAGUCCUGUGCUUUCUCAAAAACAGCAAAACCAGGCUAAAAUCAUUUUAAAAGGAUACGUUGAUAUUUACCACCUGAGGAUUCAUCAGCUAUUUAAAGGUAAACUUGGGCUUCUGGAUGAAGAGCAGGACGACGGUUACCUCAUUGCCUUCCUGCUGAAGAUGAUGGAGGACACACAGUCAGACUUCACCAUGACCUUCAGGCAGCUCAGUGAAGCUUCAGCUCAGCAGCUUCAGGACAGGACCUUCACACAGAUGUGGGCUCUUGAAGACUUGUCCUCCCACAAGCGCUUCUCUGAUUGGCUGAGCAUGUACCUGCUCCGACUCAGCAGACAGCAAAAUGAUACUGACUUGGAUCGUCAACACAGGAUGAAAAAUGUAAAUCCAAGAUAUGUGCUGAGGAACUGGAUGGCAGAGUCUGCUAUCAGUAAAGCUGAGAAGAAUGAUUUUUCUGAGGUGGAGAUGCUUCACCAUAUACUGUCCUUUCCCUUUGUUUCACAAGAGACUGCAGAGGAGGUCCACUAUGCAGCAAGACCUCCUCUGUGGGCUAAUAGGUUAAAGGUCAGCUGUUCUUCUUGAGAGAUUUAAUAAAAAAAAUAAAGUGAAAAAGAUUCUCAGCAUGUCUGAGCUUUUAUGGUUUGUAUUUGUAUAUUCUCUCGUGCUGUUAAAAAAUGUUUCUGUCCCAAUUGUCAAGGUCAUGACUGAUGUCUGUUAAAUCUUUCCUGAGAUUACGCACUAUGUUUGGAUACAGUGACCAAAAAAAGUGGAUACAUCUCUGUGUUACAGAGGAAUUAAAGUCUAUUUUUGUUUUGACAGGUUGAAAGCUAUGUAAUUUAAUACUGACACCAAAAUAAAUGAAUAGAUGAA